AUGGGCUUAGAUAAUGUAGUCGGGGAGGCCAGCACGCUUUCUAGAAAGCCGAUCCCUGAAGUUUUCGAUGAGAGUGGAAUAGCUCAGGACUACUGCUACCCGGAUGACUACGUCUGCAACGACCCCACCGCAUCCAAAGAUGAGAGCACUGUGCAUCUGAGGUAUGGCUCUGACAAUGACUUGCAGCACAAGGCGGCUCUGCACUUACAAAGUCCAUCGAGGUCUUUCAUCGAUGUCGUCAACAAUACACUCGCAAAAGUACCAAACGGCUUCGAAUACGACACAGUAUACCCCGCAGGAGAUGACCAAAACACCACACUAGCCGUUAAAGACAUCAUCACCACCAUUGACGACGGUCUCGAGCGAUGCCCACAUCAGGUUUACGUGCUUUUAGGAUAUUCGCAAGGAGCUACUGCCACCCUAGACACCCUCAACAGUAACAAUCUGUCGGCGGAAGCUAGAGAUGCCAUUAAAGCCGUUAUAUUAGUUGGAAAUCCAUACAGAAAGCCAAACCAGGAUUCAAACGCAGGGGGAUUUGGGAGUGAUGAUGCUAAAGGCAUUGGGGCUGCUAACGAAAAAAGUAUUCCUGAAAAUUUCGAUGACAGCGGCAAGGUUCUUGAUUUCUGCCUAGGAGGUGACUGUAUAUGUAACGAGGCAUGCGAUGAGGACGAGAUGGGACACACUGGCUACGAGAAUAACAAGAAUGUCAUUCAACAAGCAACUCGGCAUCUUGUAGACCGUCUGACGUGUUGA